AUGGCAGCGAAACCGGAUGAACUAGCGAUCGGAAUCGAUCUGGGUACGUCUUACUCCUGUGUUGGAGUAUGGCAGCACGACCAUGUCGAAAUCAUUGUCAACGAUCAAGGCAACAAAACAACGCCUUCCUGCGUUGCGUUUACCCAAACAGAGCGAUUGAUCGGCGACCGGGCCAAGAAUCAAGCAUCAACCAACUCCAUCAACACUGUUUUCGAUGCAAAGAGAUUGAUUGGUAGGAGAUUUAGCGAUCCGUCCGUGCAAAGUGAUGCCAAGUACUGGCCAUUCAAGAUCAUUUCCGGGUUAGAAGACAAACCAAUGAUUGUUGUCAAUUACAAAGGCGAGGAGAAGCAUUUCUGUGCAGAGGAAAUCUCUUCCAUGGUUCUAAUCAACAUGAAGGAGAUGGCAGAGUCCUAUUUAGGAACGCCAGUUAAAAACGCUGUCAUUACAGUUCCUGCCUAUUUCAAUGACUCCCAAAGACAAGCCACCAAAGAUGCUGGUUUAAUCUCUGGUUUAAACGUGAUGCGUAUCCUUAUUGAGCCAACUGCUGCUGCAAUUGCCUACGGUCUAGACAGGAGAUCAGCAACCAACCUGGGAGAGAAGAAUGUCCUCAUUUUCGACCUUGGUGGAGGAACACUUAAUGUCUCACUCUUGACUAUUGAAGAGGGUAUCUUUGAAGUGAAGGCCAUUGCUGGUGAUACCCAUUUGGGAGGAGAGGAUUUUGAUAACAUAAUGGUGAAUCAUUUUGUGCAGGAAUUCAAACGUAAGAACAAUAAGGAUAUUAGUGUAAGCCCUCGUGCUAUGAGGAGGUUGAAGACGGCUUGCGAGAGGAUGAAAAGAACUCUUUCAAUUAAUUCCGAGACGACUAUAGAAGUUGAUUAUCUCUUUGAUGGCAUUGAUUUUUACUCAAAAAUAACCAGAGCUAAGUUUGAGGAAAUGAACAUGGAUUUAUUCAUGAAGUGUAUGGAGAAUGUUCAUAAAUGUUUGAAGGAUGCAAUGAUAGACAAGAGUGACGUUCAUGAUGUUGUUUUGGUUGGUGGGUCUUCAAGAAUUCCAAAAUUACAGCAACUUCUUCAAGAAAUCUUCAAUGGUAAAGAACUCUGCAAGACAAUCAACCCCGAUGAAGCUGUCGCCUUUGGUGCUGCAGUUCAAGCUGCAAUUUUAUGUGGUGAUGGAAAUGAGAAAAUUCAAGAUGUUCUUCUUCUGGAUGUCACUCCAAUUUCUCUAGGAAUUGAGACAAGUGAAGGUAUCAUGUCGGUUUUGAUUCCAAGGAACACCACUGUUCCUACAAAGAAGGAACAAGUAUUCUCUACUUCCUUUGAUAAUCAAUCAUGUGUUACGAUUGAAGUAUACGAGGGGGAGAGAAUUAAGACGAAAGACAAUAACUUGCUCGGAAUAUUUACACUUUUCGGAAUCCCCCCUGCUGCUAAAGGUGUUAGUGACUUCACUGUUUGUUUUGACAUCGACGCGAACGGGCUAUUAAAUGUUUCGGCAGAGGUGAAAACAGUUGGUGAGAAGAAUAAGAUGACUAUAAGGAAUGAAAAUGGGAGGUUAUCGAAGGAAGAGAUAGAGAAGAUGGUUCGAGAGGCGAAGAAGUAUAAGGCAGAGGAUGAGGAGCUCAAGAAGGGAGCAGAGGCAAGGAAUGCAGUGGAGAAGUAUGUUUAUGAUAUGAGGGACAAUGUUAAGAUGAUAAUGGAGGCAAUAGAUGAAGCAUUUGUGUGGCUGGAAAACAAUCAACUAACGACCAAAUCGAAAGUGUUUGAAGACAAACUAAAGGAGUUAAAAAGUGUGUGUAACACCAUGAAUUCCAAGGAUAGCUGACCCCAAUUUGAGAAUGUUGAUCAUUGAAUAUUGUUUCUUGUAGAAAUAUUUGUUUUAAAGCUUUUGAUUAUUCUAAUUGUCUAUGAAGUUUGUUUGUUA